CUGAGUCCACCAGCAAACACCCUUUGCAACUAGUCAAUUUUCUUCUUCUAUCCCCCAACCCGCCACAAAAUAAAAUGAGAAAAAUCACAAAUCAGCCCCUUUCAUUUUCAGAAUUUCGAAACUCUCCAAACCCUAAUCCCCAAAUUCGAUUCUCUCUCAACAAGCAAAAUCUACGCCAAAAGCUAAAAUGGCAGCCCGAUCCCGGAACGAAGACGCUUCGGACCUCCUAGAAGCUGCUGAAGAAGAUGAGGUGCUGAAGCUGGAAGUAGAAGUUCAGCAAAUGGCUCAGAAGAUAUUCGAAUAUCGAGCCAUACUUCCCGAUCAAUUCAGCUCAACUCUUCGCUCUGUGCUCGCCUCAGGGAAACCCGUUUUUACGACCCGUUUAGCUGAUGAACGGACCGAGCCAGCAACCCCUGUGCUGCCCCGGCCGGAUUCAGAAGCCGGCAUCAGCCGAGGUCUUAUGAGGGAGAACACGGACUUACCGGCUACCGAGGAUAAGGAAGAAGAUGACAAAAUUCAACUCUUACAGCAAAAGAUCUCGAGUAAUACUGUUUUUCUGCCUGCCCUGUUGAAUAGGAUGAAAGAGUAUAUGGCCAGGAUAGAUAAAUUAGAGUCGUCCGACUUAAUCAUCCACGCUGCCUUUAAAAGGAAAUCAACUGGUUGACUGAGUCCCCCCGGUUUGAAUUUUUUUUUUCUUUUUUUUUCCCUGAAAAAAAGGGAGGAAUCGAUGGUAUGCAUGAUUGCAACACUUUAGAUGUUCAUCUUUGAGCUAGAUGAAGUAGAUGAAAUAGCUACUAACAUAACAGUAGAGAUUUGAAUUUGUGUUGGUUCUGGCUUGUAAUUAUGGUUGAGGAGUACCAAUUCGAAGUUCAUAAUAA